AUGACGGGACCAAAGUACCUCACCGGCGAUGCCGCCGCUAUCAGCGACUUCAUCGACCGUUUCGACGUUUUUUUGCUGGACUGCGACGGGGUAAUAUGGAGUGGCGAUCAUGUGUUCGAGGGCGUCCCGGAGACGCUCGAAUUGCUUCGAUCUCGAGGCAAGAAGAUCGUCUUCGUGACAAAUAACUCGACAAAGUCGCGGGAGGCCUACCUCAAGAAGCUCACCAGCCUUGGCAUACCAUCGAAUACCGAGGAAAUUUUCGGUUCGGCCUACUCAGCGGCCAUAUACAUCUCGCGCAUCCUGAAGCUCCCAGCGCCCAAAAACAAGGUCUUCGUCGUUGGCGAGUCGGGUAUCGAGCAGGAGCUGCGGACUGAGAAUGUGCCCUUCAUCGGCGGCACCGACCCAGCCUUCCGGCGAGAAAUCACGCCCGCCGACUUCCAGGGCAUCGCGGACGGGUCGCUGCUGGACCCGGACGUCGGGGUGGUGCUAGCUGGGUUCGAUACUCACAUCAACUACCUCAAGCUGUCGCACGCCUUCCAUUACCUACGCCGCGGUGCCGUCUUCCUCGUCACCAACAGGGAUUCAACCUUCCCCAUGAACCAUAACCUAUUCCCAGGGGCCGGUUCCAUCAGCAUGCCUCUCGUAUACAUGUCGGGCCAGGAACCGCUGUCGUUGGGGAAACCCAGCCAGGCCAUGCUGGAUGCAAUUGAGGGCAAGUUCCAAUUUGACCGAGCCCGCACAUGCAUGGUGGGCGAUCGGCUGAACACGGAUAUCAAGUUUGGCAUUGAAGGCCAGCUGGGCGGCACGCUGGCGGUGCUGACAGGCGUGAGCAAAAAGGAGGACUGGGAGGCGGCGGAUGCCGUUGCCGUGCCGGCCUUCUACGCCGACAAGCUGAGCGAUCUACGUGCCGCCGCCGCCCCAUGA